AUGCUCGCGCACCCACUCCCGCUCCCGCUCGUCACCGACCGUCACGCCACGUCAUUCACGAUGUCACACCUCCGCCCUUCUUCCUCUUCCUCCGCCACCACGACGACGACCCCCGCGCUGCAGCUCCCGCGGACGCUCGCGCGCCCCGCGUUCGACGUGAUCUCGCGCGCUGCGCUGGCGGCCGCGGCGCCCGAGCUCUGGGCUGAGGACGUGCCGGACGCGUUCAUCCGCCACGCGCUGGGCGCGCAGGCCCCCACGAUGCGCGCGGGGAUCGCGCUGCUGGCCGGCCUGCCGCAGGCGCUCCCGCUGGCCGGCCUCCCCGCGCGCGUCACCGUGCCGAUCCGGCCCGUGGAUGUGGACGGUGUGGAGGUGGCGCUGCCCACGCAUACGUUGGCGGUGAGCGAGGCGGGGAAGGGCUCAGAUGGGAGCGCGAGUGUCUUCCCUAUUCACUCCGUCCUCCUGGCUGCACAUUGCACGAAGCUCGCGCCGCUGCCCGCCCCUAGCCCAGACUCCGAAUCAGACACCGUCGCCCUCCCGCUCCUCCCACUCCCGCUCCCCUCCGUCCCCGCCUUCGCCAUCGUGCACCACUGGCUGUACAACCCCCGCCUCGACGCCGUGCUCGCCGCCCUCCUCCCCGGCCUCCCCGCCGCGUUCCUGACCCGCCUCGCCGACGCUGACCCCCUUCCUGCCCUAGAAGCCGCGCUCGCGGACCGCCCCACGCUGCACGUGCUCGCGGCGCACCUCUGCGCGGCGAGCAACAGCAGCCCCGCCGCGCUGCUGCGCCGCGCCGCGCACGUGCGCGCGCUCUGGCAGACGCUCGUCGCGCUGGGGAUCUGUGAUGCGGGGCUCUGGGCCGCGCUCGACGUCGCGUGGGAGGUCAUGCUGGGCGCGCUGAAUAUUGCGCUCGUGCAGUGA